AUGGAAGCGAUCACCAAGGGCCAAAGGGAAAAGAAGGACAACUUCCCCAGGAUCAUCACAUGUCCCAAUGAGAUGGUCGCCCUGUCCAUGGCGGACGGCUUUGCGCGAUUGACCAACAAGCCUCAAUGCGUGAUCGUGCACGUCGACGUCGGCACCCAAGGCCUCGCAGCCGCCGUGCACAAUGCCUCGUGCGGCCGAGCGCCCGUGCUCAUCUUCGCCGGCCUGUCUCCCUACACGAUCGAAGGCGAAUACCGGGGGUCAAGAACAGAGUAUAUACACUGGAUCCAAGACGUGCCGGACCAGAAACAGAUCGUGUCCCAGUACUGCAGAUAUACCGGGGAGAUCAAGGGUGGGCGGAACGUCAAGCAAAUCGUCAAUCGCGCCCUGCAAUUUGCGACAAGCGAUCCCCAGGGUCCCGUGUAUCUGGUUGGCGCGAGGGAGGCCAUGGAAGAGGACAUCGAGCCAUACCACCUCGACCAGGAGCAGUGGAAGGCAGUCGCGCCGGCCGCGCUACCGCAAGAUGCCGUCAAGAUGAUUGCGGAGGAACUCGUCAAGGCCAAAGAACCGCUGAUGGUCGUGGGGUAUACCGGUCGCAACGCAGAUUCAGUCACCGCAGCUGUGGCGCUGGCCGACAAGAUCCCCGCCCUCCGUGUGUUGGAUACUGGUGGCUCGGACAUGUGUUUCCCCACGGACCACCCUGCGUCAUUGGGCAUGCGGUAUGGGUCAGACCCGGCAAUCACGACGGCCGACUUCAUCCUCGUGGUCGACUGCGACGUCCCCUGGAUCCCCACGCAAUGCAAGCCGAAGAAGGAUGCGAGGAUAGUGCACAUUGACGUGGACGUGCUGAAGCGACAGAUGCCAGUCUUUUAUAUCCCUGCGUACGCUCGCUUCAGCGCCGACUCGGCGACCUCAUUCACCCAACUGAACGAUUACCUCGCGUCCAAUCCCCGACAGUCAGACGAAGACCACGCCGCAGCCGCGAAGAAGCGACAAGAAGCCUACACCGCCCGCUGGAGUCGACCCAAGGAACUCGCGAAACUGCCGGAGAACCCACAGCAAGCGGCGAUCGACCCGCACGUCCUCGGCGGGCAGAUCCGGGCCGCCGUGCCCAAGGACGCGAUAUUUGCGGUCGAAGCCGUCACACUGACGCUCUUCGUGGCCGACCAGAUCGCCCCCGUGCUCCCCAAAUCGUGGAUCAACUGCGGCGGCGGCGGCCUGGGUUGGUCCGGCGGCGGUGCCCUGGGCGUGAAACUCGCGUCGGAUUUCGAGCACCGGGCUGAAGGCCCCAACAAGGGCAAAUUCGUCUGCCAGAUUGUCGGCGAUGGGACGUACAUGUUCUCCGUCCCGGCCUCGGUCUACUGGAUCGCCCAGCGCUACAACAUCCCGAUCCUCACCAUCGUGCUGAACAACAAGGGGUGGAACGCGCCGAGGCGGUCCAUGCUGUUGGUACAUCCCGAAGGGCACGGCAGUAAAGUGGACAACAAGGAGCUGAACAUCAGCUUUGACCCCACGCCGGAUUACGCGGGGAUCGCGAAGGCCGCGACGGGAGGAAAGGCGUGGGCAGGUACCGUCAGCACGGUCGCGGAAUUGCUGGAGCAGUUGCCGCAGGCCGUCGAGGCCGUGAAAUCGGGAAGAUGUGCCGUGCUGGAAGUCAAGCUUGGCGAAGGGGGUUUGGGCACAAAGGCUGGCGAACCCAAGCAGGAGGAGGUCGCGCAGACGAGUGGGUAG